AAAAUUGUAGAAGCGCAAAACAAAUCGGCGGCGAUUGCGUUCGUUUCCGACCGCAAAAUGCGUGAACUAAACAAAGAAUUUCGCGGCAAAAAUUCGACCACUGACGUUUUAUCAUUUCCUUUUGAAUCCGACGAAUUCGACCUCGAACAAGACUUUUUGGGCGACAUCAUCAUUUCGCUCGAACAGGCUCAGAAACAAGCCGUCGAAAACGGUUUGGAUUUGGAAACCGAAAUAAAACAGUUGAUCUUACACGGUAUUUUGCAUCUUUGCGGCUUCGACCACGAAACCGACAACGGCGAGAUGAACAAACGCGAACUCGAAUUGAGAGAAACUUUGCAAAUCAAUAAUUAA